CUUGUAGGAGGAAUCCUCCCGGACAGCUCCAGUCAGAGAGAGAUUAAAAGAGGUCUCCUCCAGACUGACUGGGUUACUACAUAACCUCUAGAACUAACCCUUAGUUUAAGAGAAAGUAAUGCAGAGAGAGAAGAAUAGCUCAGCACAGGAUUUAUGGGACUCCUGUGACUAUGUGGACGAUGACCUAGAUCCAACCAAUGGUCAGCCCACAACCCGGUGAAACAGAGUCAGAUAUUUUAAGGUGAACGAAUUCGAUUUCUUACACAGGAAGGGGGCAGUGAAGAAUGGGAUGGGUUUAGGGCAGAGUAAAAGAGAUUCUUUGGAGAAAGUUAAGACCCAGACUAUCGCUCAGAUGAAGUGUAAAUCUAUGAGAGGGAGCAUCCCUGAGGUGUCUCUUGGGAGUGUUAAGAAGAGACCGAAUAGAGGGGAUUCUCAGGAUCUUUUGGGGCUUAAGAAUAAGAGUAAAUUCAGGCUCUUUAAGGAGAAAGCGAAGCUUAAAAUCAGCUUAUCAGGGAGUAACUCUCAUCCUUCUAAAGACCAAGUUGUGAACAAAAUCCCUUUAGAAAAUUUUGAAGAGGAGAAAUUUAUUGGAAAAGGAGAGCUAACUCCAAUCAUGGAAAAAGAACAUAUGGAAUCUGAGAAAGAGCAAGAAGACACAUAUGAGAAAUACCUAGAAGAGAUCAAUAAUGUAGGAGAUCUCCCUCAUGAGAUCCAUGUCUCUGAGGAGUGUGGAUUACAACCAGGUAUCUGCAAAUCUUCGGUUCCAAAUAUGUAUAAUGACAAUUCAGAAUGAGCUUUACAAGUAUUCACUGCUAGACCAAAUCUGAAGAGAUCUCGUGUGUUCAAUUUCUUGCCUCAAGAUAUUAUCAAAAGAAUACAGCUUGAAAAAUUAGAGGAGAGCUGUAAGAGUUUGGAAAGCAAUCCUUUUCUGGCAGCACAGUCUCUUCUGGUAGAUAGUGGAGCUACUCCUAUCUUCAAAGAUCCUACCCCAUUUUUCAGCCAGAAGAACGAAGCCUACUGGCUUGCAUCGAAUGCUGAUGUUGAUUUUGAUCAUGCUGAUCGCUAUCUGUAUGAAUUCUUCAACCACAAAACCCCAGAACAUUUUGAUCUUGGUUCAGAAGAUCUUCAGAACUUCAAAUAAACAGCUUGGUAAGCCUCUACCAGACAGAGGCAGGACAGCUCAACCUAGAAAAGUGUGAAUCGGAGAGCACGAUCCUACCAAAAAGAUGGCUUUCAUUGAGAUAGAUAAAACAAUCAUGCUCAUAUCUGAGGAAGAGAUUGAGGAUAUGCCUUAUUAUAGCUAUGUUGAUAGGGAAUUCGCCUCCCGACUUGGCCGCAAACCUUUCUAUAUCUAUCUACGCCCAUUUGUAUUCGCCUUCCUUAAGGCUAUAAUGCGAGAAUACGAGUUGGUUGUAUACUCAAAUCUGGACAAAUAAGUUGUUAAUCUUCCUGCUUGAUAUCUUGCAGUCAGAGAAUGAGUAUUUCACCAUCUCGAUUUCGCACUGUGUGCCUGGAAAACCUAAGAACUUAUCAAGAUUCUUUACAGAGGGAAGAUCCAAGAAGAACAUAGUGCUCAUAGAUUCUUGCCCAGAGGUUGUUAGAAGUAAUAUGGGCAGCUGAGUACCUAUCCAUCCUUUCAAAGGCAAACGCCUCGAUGUGUUUCUAGUCUACCUUAGAAAGUAUAUGCUAGAUCUAAGUACAAUGGAAGAUAUGAGCGAGAAAAUCACCAAGGAUUUCUCAAUCGUGACGUAACUCCUGAAGUUAAUUCAAUUUUACCAAUUCUGAAGAUAACUUAUAAAU